ACUGUCAAAAACUAGCAUCUGCCAUUGUUUUACUAGUUUUUGAGAUUGUAGCGCCUUUAUUUUGGGAAUCAUUUGUGUAAUAUCAUUAUAAUAAAUGUAAAAAGCUAUUAAUUUACUUACUUUACAUAUAUUCAAUUGCCGAAGUGAAGUGUCAUUGAUUAAUAAUAAAAAUGAGCUCUGGUGAUGUUCAAGAUGUGCCACGCACAACCAGGAAGUCUUUACGGACAAUUCAGAGUACUGUAACGGACACGGAAAAUUUGGUGGGUAAACCAUCAAACAGUCCUAAACAUCAGUUGUCUCGAGAAUCUCCUGUCCUUGACAUAGCACCUCCAUUAAAGAGAAAAAGUCCAUCACACAAGAAAGUUCAAGCUAAUCUCGAUGACAAAGUAUCGGUCGAUGAUUUGACGAAUAAAACUGCUUCAAAAAAUUACUGGAAAGCUUUAGCUACUAAGAGCCAAGCGGCAUUACAGGAAGCAUUAAGUCAGAAUGAGAAGCUUCAUGAAACAAUAGAAGAACUUAGAGAGGAGAAUAUGAAGCUGAGAGAAAUGUUGGAAGAAGCUAAUGCCUUUGUGGAAGUUGUCAAGGAUCUGACCAACAACACUAAUGAUGACACAGGCAUUGAUGUCAACGAUGUCAGUCAGGUGGACUCUCUGGAUGACACACAGAAAACUGAUGAUGAAAACGAGCAAACUUCUAUGUAGACAAUAGUUACUUUAUGUCUAGCUAUUUAAGUUUGUACAAUCAAUUAAGCCCACUACAGAUGAAUUUCAACUGACAGUUUUAACUGAACAGUUGAACAUUGUUUAAACAGAAGUUCAAGGUUUCAUAUAAAAGGGUCAGAACUGAGUUAGUAGCGGGCUUUACAAUGACAAUAAUCAGAAAAGGGUGUUUUCGUUAUUUUUUAUUAAAUUUGAUGUAAAACGAAAUGAACCUCAUCCUAUGAUUGUAAGAAUAAUUUUCUAUACUUAUUUAAAUGAAGAUUAAUAUUUUUCUUUUUUUUAAUAUCAACACUUAAAGCUUUUGGUUAAUGUAUAA